UGUCUCGCUUCGAUACAACUCCCGCAUGCCACCCUUUACGAUCAUGUCGUGUUUGUGUUGUUUGUGCAGUUACUGAAGCACUUGGCUCAAUCAUUUUUUCCCGUUUCGUGGAUUUUUUUGAAUAAAAGUAGUUUUUUUUUAAGAAAUCUAAACUUCAUAAAUGAGUGCCCACAUCAACAGGAAGCGGAAGCAACCGUGUUUCAUUGGAUGGAAACGAAAAAUCGUCCGCCAGUUUAUAGAGGGGUGGAUCGAAAGUGAUAAUUCUUCAGCACUCAAAACCGCAGAAAAGGAUAACCACGCUGUGCAGAAGCAUGAAACGCUGGAGACGACCGAACUUACUUCUAGCAAAGUAAACCAAUUUAGCUAUUCCAAUUUUGUUAAAGCAGAUGCUGAAAAGCCGGUCAGCACUGUGGCCGAUCCCGGACUACAUAAUAGAGAUGCAAAACGAUUGAAAGCCGUAAUAGUCUACAUGUACAAUGAGAACAAGAUUUCGCUGAAGAUGAGCUUUGAACAAGCUGGGAUGCUGUUUGAAUCCGAUUACGAUGAAAAGACGAAAAUAUUUCGGUACAUGGUCAACGAUCGGGAGAUUUGUCGGGCAGAGGGCGAUCAUCAAGAGGCUCAUUCCAAGGCACGCGAUCGCUUGUGUGAAAUUUUGCGCUUUUACUGCUACACUGUGAAGAGACUAAAAGAGUAUCAUACGAAGCGGAAUGUGUUUUGUAAGAUUCCCGGCGAGCAUAAGAGCAAACAACACUUUAAAGACCAACAACUGGACGAGGCAAAUAUAGGUUUCCGAAUGAUGCAGAAACAGGGUUGGGCCGGUGGCUCUUUGGGAAACAACGAGGAUGGUAUCUUGGAACCGAUCGGAUUGCACAAGAAAGCUGGUAAAAGUGGACUGGGUGCUGAAGGGCAAGAAGCGGAGAAGAUCCCCAUCGAAGCGUUCAUGAUAGCCAUCAAGCAAUACGCAUCGGGUAAUGCUCUGUACGAUUUGGUGUUCAGUCCGCAGUUUUCGAAGCAUCAGGUCAUCAAGUUGAAAGACUAUGCCUCGACGUUAAAGCUGUUUCCCCAAUUAAUUGGGAAACGCAAGCAACUAGUCAUCAGUAAGCACCUUACCCUUCAUCAGAUCAAGGAAGGCGUCCAGAAAGGACAUUCGGAUCUGUGUGCCAAAUACGCCGUUAUUCCGCCUAUAUGUGAAACACAUAAAUAAAAUAUUAUUCCCCUUCAGA